CGGCACCAGCGCUACAUGUCGAUGACGAUAGACCGCCCGCCGCCGUCGUUCCGUCAGCUCGUCAUUGCUGGGUCCAUCUCAGGCAUGUCUAGCGUUAUUGUGUGCCACCCUCUGGACACGAUACGCACGCGAUUGCAGCACUCGUCGUCGUCUUCGUUCUCGACUGUGGUCGGUACAACGUUGCGUCAUGAAGGUCUUCGAGGGUUGUACAAGGGAUUCUUUCCGCCAUUCUUCUCCCAAGCUGUGUACAAGUCGGUAAUCUUCUCCGUGCAAGGGCGAGCGCGCUCAUUCAUGUCGACACACAUGGACCGUCCGUCGCCGCUUUUCCUUUCCACGUGCGCGGGUGCAAUCGCUGGUGGCAUCAAUGCAUUUCUAGUCGCACCGGUGGAGCUCGUACGGAACCGCCUUCAGAUCCAGCAACAGGACACGGCGAAUGCAAAGUACAAAGGGAGUAUUGAUGUUAUCCGCCAAGUUACCAAGCACGAAGGUCCGAUGGCGUUGUGGAAGGGCCUGUCGUGCACCAUCACGCGAGAUGCGCUGGGUGUGGCAUUCUACUUUGUCACGUUUGACUGUAUCAAAACAGUACUACCCGAUGACUGGGCGCCGGCAUCUCGCGUAUUAGUUGCAGGUGCAUCUGGCGGCAUUGCGUUUUGGACGAUUGCCUUGCCAUUUGAUACCGUCAAGACCGUCAUCCAAGUGUCGGCGCACGAGGCAGGCACACAACCCCAUGGGAUGAUUCGAACUGGUCUUCACUUGGUUCGGCAACAUGGCGUGGGUCGGGUCUUUCAGGGGUGGCAAGCGGCGUUUUCCCGCGGAAUUCCUGGUGCCGCCAUAACAUUUUGGGCCUAUGGUACGACGAUGGCGCACCUUCAAGACGAUCAUGCUAGUCUCGCUUAAUUCAUUGCAUCUAUGGUACUUGGUGAUGUAGCUGAAUUGCUACACCUUGUGGGCCAGUGUCAAAGCAUGAGUUUCGCCAAAGAGAGCGACGGCGGCCUCGUAUGCGCUCGCAUGAUGCUGCUGCUUCACUUCGGGCUCUUUGUCUUCGUCCCACAACGUGGCGAGUAAAUGAUCGAUCUUCAAGUAAAUGUAUGGUGCGAA